AUGUUCUACAUGGAGAUUCCUGGUUUGGCAGGACGUAGGACGGCCAGAUCCAGGCAUCCAGAUGGAGAGGACGAUAUCGAACACAAGCAUCCAUCCCGCGUCACGUUCUGUACAAAUCCCAUCGAGGUGUUCAGCACGUGGUCGGUCGACGACUACGACCGCCGCAACGACGACGAUCCCGUCGCGGCGUCCGCCGAGUACGAGCUCGAGAAACGCGUCGAGAAGAUGGACGUGUUCCCAGUCGGCCUCGUCAAAGGUGCGGAGGGACUAGGCUGGAGCAUCAUCGGCAUAGGCGUCGGAGCGGACGCCGGCAUCGAGAAGCUGGGUAUCUUUGUGAAGGCCAUCAUGCCUGCCGGCGCCGCAGCGAAGGACGGCAGGAUUCAGGUGAAUUAUCAGAUCGUGGAGGUGGACGGGAAGAGCCUGGUAGGCGUGUCAGAGGCCUACGCGGCCUCCGUGCUGGGAGACACCUUUGGACUUGUCAGGUUUAUGAUUGGGAGAGAGUGUGACCAGGCAAACAGUGAGAUUGCUCGGCUCAUCAGUCAGCCGGAGAAGCAGAAGGAGGAGCAUAAGAAGAUACAGGAGUACCUCGACUCGUGUGCGCAGGUAAGGGAGGCGGACGAAAAUACGGCGCAAAGCGAGGAGAGAGAGUCGCCGGGCCGUAGAUCGACGACUCCACCGAUGGACGACAUCACGUGGGAAGGUGAGGUUGAGAGCGAGAACGUCGCCUACCCGCUCGACAAUUACUCGCCGCUGUCCGACGACUCAUCGCGCCGGCCGCAGUGCGAGGUGUUUGACCUGCCGGACGACCUGAACA